GCAGUAGUUUGUUGCUGCGCCUCCCAUCGAGUGUCACUCCCGAUCUGUUACUGACGUCAGGUCAGCGAGUGUCAACAUCAACAGGCGGACGAACUGCAACUGAAAGAGUCGGAAGGAAGGAAUGCAGACCCGAGCCGGAGCGGAACAAAGUCAGCAGUGAGGAGAGGGGGGGUUACGGCGUGCCGGCAAAAAGCGGUGCAUGCAGAGCGGGGAGGCAGUGAGAUAGCACGGGAGGGACCCGCGAACGGCCGGGGGGAGAGAGAGAGAGAGAGACUGGGGAUAUAUCGGGCCCCACAAAUCGGGACGUGGAGCAGUCGGACUGGUGUGUAAGCUGAAGGACGAGUGUGCACACACACACACACACACCCAGGACCUGCGCUCACACCCGUCGGACGGUCGUGCGGAGACGGUCAAGCCCGGCCGGCGCUCUCCUGGGGGCUCCAUUUGCUUCCACUGCCGCGGCGGCGGCAAGAAGGGAAGCGACGAUGCGACGGCGGGCGGCCGGCCUGUCUCCCUGGCUGAUGCUGCUGCUCCUGAGGCCCGCGUUGGGCGCCAAAGUCGAGUGGUUCACGGCCUUCGUCAGCACGGCUUACCUGGACCCCGACACCAACGUGACCGUAUCGGUCAGCAGCGAGAGCGGCAGGUAUGGUGACAGUUCUCCCAAGGAUAGUGUUCAAGGAGUGAUUGGGAUCCCCAGAAACAAUAGGGACCAACUGGGAUGUGACACCAACACAGAAUAUUUUAUCUCAAGAACAGGGGAACCAUGGAUAGCUCUGGUAGCCAGAGGGAAUUGUACUUUCAAGGAAAAGAUUUUAAAUGCUGCAAAAAAAAUGGCAUCUGCUGUUGUGAUUUAUAAUUUUCUUGGGACUGGGAAUACAACAGUCACCAUGAAUCAUAUUGGAACUAGAAAUAUUGUUGCUAUCAUGAUCGGCAAUUCAAAGGGUUUGGAAAUACUGGAAUUAGUCCGUCGGGGUAUCCCAGUGAUAAUGUCCAUAACUGUUGGUUCCCGCCAUGUAGAGGAGUGGAUGAGUUCUCAGUCAGUUGUGUUCGUUAUUAUUGCUUUCAUAACGAUGAUGAUCAUCUCCUUGGCUUGGCUCAUCUUCUACUACAUUCAGAGAUUUCUGUAUGCAGGAUCACCCUUUUCAAGCCAGAACAAAAAAAACAAGAAUAACAGGAAAGAAGCCAAGAAGGCUAUCAAUAAACUUCAGCUUCAUACUGUCAGACAUGGAGAUAGGGAAAUCGAUUUGGGUAUUGAAGGCUGUGCUGUGUGCAUUGAGAUGUACAGGUCCCGAGAUAUUGUACGAAUUCUCCCAUGCAAGCAUGUAUUCCAUAGAAUGUGCAUCGAUCCGUGGCUUCUUGAGCAUCGUACCUGUCCAAUGUGUAAACUCGAUGUCAUUAAAGCACUUGGCUUUAUGAUGGAUGCAUGUGAAAAUGUUGAAGUAGUUAUACCAGAGUCAGAACCUGACAGCAUCCCAGUUGGCAAUCCAAGUGUUCCCUUACAAGAAGCAGGAGCUGAAACAAGCAUGUUCCCCGGCUCUCCAACCUUUGAAUCUUUACAGCAUGAUGAUAGACUAAUGGAAGAGGAUGAAGCUGUAGCCUUAAUUGAAGCAAAUUUAGAAAAUCAAAUAAAUAGUGAUAAUUCACCUUGUCCUAUUGGAUGUCCAGAUUCCAGAUGAAUAUUUCUGAAGAAAAUUGGAAAAUGGUGUUGACUUGAAGCAUGAAAGGCCAUCGUGGGUUCUUGGAAGAGAAAUAAAAAUAUUGUAUACAGUUUGGUGUGUGCAACAAAAUAUUAGGUCAUAUAUUUUAAUUCAUCGCUUUGCAGUUCUAACUGGUUAAAAUAACCUUAGCUGUAUAAAGAAACAAUGGAUAAUUCUUAUUAGAGGUGGUGAAAUAUGUUGAUUUGGUAACAUAUGGGAUACAGCAAAAUUCCUGUUCUUCCACAAUUUAGCAGAGAAGGCACUUAACUAAGUGCCUUUGGCAAUUUCAUUGUUUGUGAUGCUGGAAUUUAGAAUUUAAAAUCACUGGUUAUACAUGUGUCCAUUUUGUCUUCAUUUUCUCUAUUCAAGUUGGAAAAAGUAUAUUUGUAAAUAUGCUUAUUUGAUUAGCACAUUUUCAAUGGAUUUAUAUUGCCAAUUUGUCAGGUAUGGACAUCUGGAGAGUUAUUUGUAGGCGUUCUCAGAUUGUGAUAAUGUCAAUGAUCUUAACUGGACUAGUAAUAUAUACAUAUUUCAGGGCAUUAAUGUACUCAUUUGUCCCACUACCUUUUCAUAGUAUUUGAUAGAUUUCUUUAAGUGGCCAUUCCAUUUGAAGGAUAUUGUGUGCUAAUUUAAUUGCGACUGUACCUACGAGUUCUCUAUUAAAGUGCACUAAAAAUGUUAACUAAUUAAACAACUAUUUGUUUAAACAUUUAAUUAUCACAACCAUCAUAAAAGACCUCAAAUGUAAUUGGAUUAAAAUGUUUUGGAGAUGCCCUACUUUGUGUUGAAUUACCUGUUUUUCAGAACUUCUACAAAUUUACUGGUAAAGCUUUCCAUAAAAUAAUUCUAAUAUACUAAUUAACCUCUUGUUAUUAAGCUGUGAUGCAGCUGUGAUUUUGGCAAUAUUUUAUAAUUUGCCAAACAGUCAGAUCUUCUACUUCUAUUUUGUUUUAAUGUAACAGAGCAAUAAAACCAUGUGCCUUAUGCCAAUAGAUAACCACAAUCUGCAAAAUAUUAUCAUUCUUAAAUUCUCCUUGCAUAAUGGUUUUGCUUAGUAAUUUGCAAAACUGCAUUAAUAUUUUGGGCAAAAAGAAUCAUAAUUUCAAAACAAUUCUAACAAAAUUUGCUCCCUGUUGCAUUUGCAAUAUUAACAGCAUAUAAUGAUAUAAAAGUUUCAAAAGCAUAAGCAUACAUUAAAAUUUCAACCUGUUCAGUGCAGUUCACUGUUUGCCAGCAUUUUAUUUUUAAAUUGAGGCCCAGAUGAAAGCAGCAAACUAUCAAAAAUCUUGAUGUGCAAUAUUUUCUUUUAUAGUAAAUUAAAUGCCAGCAUUGCUUUCUAACAAGAUGCAAUUUGUUGUGAGACGCAUAGCAUGAGGCUCCAUGCCUGCAACUCCUUUUGUGGAAUUUGCUUCAGUGAAAAUGCUUUCUGCCAUUUCAUUCGUGUUGCCUGGCUGGCUGCAGUUUAAAAUGUUUCUUGUAAAGGUUCAAAGGUCAACUUGUGAUUUAAGAAAAAUAACUGGAAAUAACCAUAAGAGUUUUCAAGGUUUUGCAGACCAGGCCCUUAGUGAAAUUGUAUGCAUGCAAUAAACACAUUUUGAACACUUUUUUUAUUAUUGUGCUUUUGAAUUAGUGUUUUUUUUUCAGAUGUACAAAUUUCAAGUCAUAAAUUCCUGCAUAACUUUUCAUUUCUUCAAUUGCCUUUCUAAUUUUCAUAUUUUACUCUUCCUUGAGUACAGAAGCAUUUCAGAUCAUGAGCUCAACCAUUCUUGGUGUUAUACUGUGUGCAUUUGGAAAAGUAAUAAGAAACGGGCAGAG